GAAGCCCGGCUCGACAGGCUUGCCCGGACGCCGUGCCGCGCACCGACCGCGCCAGGAUCGCGUCGAAGCGAGUAAGGCCUCCGCCAGCCUCCGCCACCUGGCGAGCCCUUGUCACCUGCAGCAGCACCGACAGCUGUGUCGUGGCGUCGGCAUGACGACGUCCGCCACCGUCGGGCCCUAGUGGCCACCCCGUCGCGCCAUGUGUGUCCGCGAGUGCCGCGAGUGUGUGUGUGUGUGAUUACCGCCCCGAGGGAGGCGACAAAGUGCAGUGCAAAGUGAAACCCCACUAAAGGAUGUUACAUUUGGAUUACCUUUUCAUCGCUCGGACGCCUUCGCUUUACGCGCUGGACGGCUAGUCCGGAGAAAUUCAGCAAGGUGGUCGCCACGACUCGAGAAAUGGAAUGAAGGAGCCGGGACCCUUCGGAGAUUCGCUGCCGGGUGGCGGGGUGUCGCUGACGCUGGCCGAGCUGCAGGACAUGGCCGCUCGCCAGCAGCAGCAGCUUGAGGCGCAGCACCAGCUGCUGUCGGCGCGCGAGCAGCGCCUGCACUUCCUCAAGCACGGCCCUGCCGGCCAGCCGGGCCAGCCGGGCCAGCCCGCCGGCCAUGGCCCCGCGGACGGCGAGCGGCUGCGGCGGCUGCGCGAGCGCGUCGAGGCCCAGGAGCAGAAGCUGCGGAAGCUGCGCGCGCUGCGGGGCCAGGUGGACGGCAACAAGCAGAGCAACGCGGCGCUCACCUCGGACCUGGACUCGAUCCGCGCCCUCUUCAACGAGAAGGAGAAGGAGCUGUCGCUGGCCGUGGCCAAGGUGGAGGAGCUGACGCACCAGCUGGAGGAGCUGCGACGGGGGCGGCAGAACGCCAUGACGGGCCAGCUGCCCGCCUCCAUGGAGCUGGACAAGCUGAGGCGAGAGCUCAUGUACCGGAAUAAACUCAACGAUCAACAGAACAUGCAGAUCAGCCAUCAGAGAGAGACCCUGUGUCAGAGGCAGGACGAAGUGAACGAGAUCGACCGCCGGAUAUCGGAGCUACAGGAGCGCCUCCACCGGAAGCGGCUCCUGAACCAGCAGCUGGCCAACCAGAUCACCGUCGCCAACAACAAGGUGGUGUCGAACACCAAUCAGCAGAAUCUGAGAUCGUCACUAUUGGCUGCAACGAACCACCAGCAGCAGAAGUACCACGACCAGAAAGUGUUGCUUUCGAACGCUGUGAAAGGUUUCAACAAGCAGCACCGGCCCCAGUACCAUAACAACAACACGAACUGCGUGGAUACGUCGACAGAUUCUGAGAAAUCGUUGAACAACUAUUCACCGCAACCUCACCAGAGCCCCAUUCCUGUAAAUGCUUAUCUCAUAACUAGUGCGCAGUCCCAGAAAAUUGCAUCCUCAUGUCCGGAUGAAAUCACUGCUCAGCUUCAAAAGCCGAUGCCACAAGAACCUCAGCAGCCUGAAUUACGAUACGGGGCUUCGCAGGAUGAUUUCCAUAUGAAGCUGCAGCAUCAGAAGCAAGCUGCUCGGUUCCCAUCCCACAAUGUUAAUAUCAACAAGAAUUGCAUCAAUAAUAAUAACAUACCCUCUAGUAUAAAUAAUAAUGUCAGCGCGAAGAAUAAUGCUGCUCAGUCAACGACUCACUCAAAGAUUUCUAUUUGUGACGAAGAGAAGGAUGAUUUUCUACUAGAAUUUUCAGGCAACAAAUCGGAUCCAAAAUAUCAAACAUUGCCUUACAAAUUUUCCCCAAAUUCAAUACCUACUUCAACAUCUUCAUUACUACCAACUCCGGUGACAGUUAGUUCUAAAUUGCAAAAGGCCGAGAAUAGCAGCAGUACAGAAGGAAUAAAUAAAGGAAAUGUGCCCUCUGGAUCAGCACGAGGAGUUUCACCUUCACGGAGCAAUAAAAUUCCAAAUGCAGAUCUUCUAAGUCAGCACCAAACUUCCUUCAAUAAGCAGCAGGCCCCUAACUCAUCAAUUCCAACUUCAUUAGCCAACCUUCAACCUAGAGUUUAUGGUGUUCCGACUAUGACACAGAGUGGGGCUAUUCUUCCCAGAGGACAGCCAGUUGGAGGAUCCAUUUCAACAUCACCUGCCAGCAGUAUCAGUAUUUCUAAUUCAACCCCACCGAAUAGCUCAGCUAAUCAUCAGGUUGGUAAUGUGAGCUUAGUGAAUACAGCUCCAUGUGGUCCUGAGCCGAACACAACAGCCAGUUGGGCAGCAAGGGCAGCGCUUGGCUCUGUGUCCUCGACUAUUGUCACUGCUGCUCCUACUAACUUAAGCCAAGCCCCCACCUCCACUACGGUUACUCUUUCUCCCCCUUCUUCAACUAAUACCAAAGCUUCUUCGAUCCCUGUCCUUACUCCUGUUUUGGCAACAUCGGCCAUUUUGGCUCCUGCCAAGCUGGAUUCUCUCAGCCAGUUGACACGGCUGCCCGUUGAAUCAGGAUCCGUUGUGUUGCCUCCUACUCCACUCACUCUGGCUAAUCAGAAGCCAGUAAGCAGUUUAUCUUCAGCAACUUCCGUUCAACACCAAAAAACAUCUCCCAUUUACCAAACAUCAUCAACCAAAAUACAUCCAAUCCAGCCUCAGAUUUUGAGCUCAACACCUCAGGGAGUUUUGAAGGACUUGAAGGGAGAUAUAUCACCACCUCAGAGCAGUUCAACACCACUAAGUACCCCAGAAGUUUUAUCUGACCAAGGCACUAUUGGAAAACCAGCCCUUCCUCCGAAACCAGCUGUUCCAAUCAAACCAACGCCCCCUCCGAGGCAAACGCAGCACAUACCCCCAUACCAGGAUGGGUCUUCGGGUUGGCCUGGAUCAGCAUGGGCAAUGAGCAAUCAAACCAGUGAAAAUGUCAAAUCCACUAUUGACAUUUCUUCAGAGGUGACUGAAAAUAAUCCUUUGCGAGCUAAUGUCUCCAUUUCAUCGAGAGGUGGAAUUCAACAACCCCAAAAUCAGGCCCAGAGCCAACAAAUCCAACCCUAUUCUGAAGGCCUUGCUCAGAACUCUAAUAAUUAUAAUCAAAGUCAUCAAAAAGAUCCGUUGCAUACAUUGCAAGACGCUUUGCAGGAAGCAUUGCAGGAUGUUGAUGAUGCAAAUGCCUCCACAUUGAGUCCUCCUCCACCACCAACCACAGAGCCUCCAGAGGAAGUUACAAGCUUUUCGUGGAGGACCAACAAUGAAAACCAAUCAUCGAAAACUAAAACUCCUUUACCUAAAAAGCAACCAGCAGCUGAUACAUCAAAGCACCUUAGCAAUUCAUCAAAUGUAAACUCUCUUUCAAUGCUCAACAAUAACAUUGUCAACAAUAAUGGCAAUAAUGUUGUCAGCAAUAACAAUUGUAAUAACAAUUCAAUGCAUAUGGUGUCAUUAAGCCGACGCAUUGAGAUGCCUCCAGCAUUCCUUUUUCCUGAAAAUGAAACCCCACCUGCUGAUCUUAUUGCAGCAAGAGAUGACAACCGGAACACCUCUCAAAGUCAAACCGGCAGCAGCACUUAUGACAGUCCAUUGGCGCAAGAUGAAACGGACCGCAUGAUGCCACUUGGCGGAACAGAUUGCAACAAUAUUUCAGAUGAUAACAAUAAACAGCUUCACUCCCCAGAUGACACAGGAAAGUGCGUGACCAAUAUUAAUGACAUUGAGACCAUGAAUAAUCUGAAUACAUCAGGACCUCAGCUAGAUGACAUUCAGUCAGUCAUAAGUGAAACAAAAGGAGAUUCUUCUCCUCUGCAUAUAGUCAGGAGGACUAAUAAAAAAGGGAACUUAAAGUCAGGGAAGAUGUCAGUAUCAGGUUCAGGAUCUCGGAGGGUGAGUUUCGAUCCACUUGCCCUCCUUUUAGAUGCAUCACUAGAGGGAGAGUUAGAACUUGUUCGAAAGACUGCUGGUCAGGUGUCAAACCCAAGUGCUGCAAAUGAUGAAGGAAUCACUGCUCUUCAUAAUGCCAUAUGUGCUGGACAUCUGGAUAUUGUUAAAUUCCUGGUUAAAUUUGGUUGUGAUGUUAAUGCUCAGGAUAGUGAUGGCUGGACCCCACUACACUGUGCUGCAUCUUGCAAUAAUUUAGCUAUGGUUCGGUUUCUGGUGGAACAUGGGGCAUGCAUAUUUGCUACUACUCUCUCCGAUCAUGAAACAGCUGCUGAGAAAUGUGAGGAGGAUGAGGAAGGCUUUGAUGGAUGUUCCGAAUAUCUUUACAGUGUUCAAGAAAAGUUGGGUAUACUUAACAACGGUGUUGUUUAUGCUGUAUUUGAUUAUGAAGCUCAUAACUCAGAUGAACUGUCAUUUCACGAGGGUGAAAAGAUGGUGGUCCUCCGGAAAGGGGAUGAGUGGGAAAGAGAAUGGUGGUGGUCAAGACUAAACGAUCAAGAAGGGUACAUCCCUCGCAAUCUUCUAGGGCUCUACCCAAGAGUGCAACCUAAGAAGAAUUCAGAAUGAUAACUGGAGCUCUCUCAAGAACUCUACCACAGAAAUUUUUACACUAUAAUGAUUGUACUCCCUCUUUGAUUGAUUUGAGAAAGAAAACAUUAGGGACUUCUAAUGCUUUUCAAAUGUUAAAUUCUUUCUCUCUAAUUAUUUUCCUUAAAAUGGAUGAAUUAUGAAAUUUUUCUUGCACAAUGUGUGUGAAUAUGCUAAACAGACAAUAACUGCUGUAUGCAUGUCAAUCAUUGUUUUCUCUGGCCUCACAAUUCAUGGGAUCAACAUUUUUGGUGCCUCAAGUAAUUGCUUAGCAGAAAUUUUUCAAUGUUCCAAGUAAUUUGGUUGCUUAUGAGCCCCUCAGUAAUAAUUCUUGCAACCACUGAGCACAUUUUUGUUGAUAUUAAUUAUGGCCUUUAGAAUGUAGCAAAUAGCUUCUGAUAUUACAGCCUUCAGCCCUUAAGUUCAAAUUUGACAGGAGUCAAGUUUCUAAAUAAGUUUAUUGACCCUCUGAGGCAUUUGGUACGUAUCCAUGUGUAUCUCGUCCGACCAAUUGUGAGAUUCUGUAAUCUUUAAGAUUGCAACAAAAGUAGACAUCAUGUUUCUUUCUUCUGAAAUCAAGUUACUAAUGAUACUAACUAUUGAACAGAACACUGUUUUAGCUUCAAAAAAGGCUGCAGGCUAUAAGGAGUAUAAAAUUAAAGUAAAAUGUAGGCAAGACAUUUUUUUAAUUUUUUUAAAUGAUGUUACAAAUCUAUGAUUAGAAUUUUGUCUGAAUUCCAUGCUUUUAACUUCUAUUUCUAGAAUGAUAUCAAAUUGGUUUUCAAACCGUUUUAAAUAAUAUCUAGUUACAUGAAUAAAAUGUUUCAUGCCAGAAAUCUAUAUUCUUUCUGCAGUAUUAAUGUAUUGAACUGUGGUUAGUUAAGAGGGCUGCCAUGCUACUGCUUACGUUCUGCCAAAGAAUGACAGUUCUUACUUGUUUAAUAAGUUAAAAAUGUAAACCUGUAAAGAAACUGAUGUGCCUUUAUAAAUUAUGAAUUGUAUAUAUGUACAAAAGAGAAAUGGAAUACUUGUAUUAAUUUUUAUUCUGGAGAAUGUGAAUACGUUUUGUACACAAUUUUAUCUUCAGAUUAUUACAUAAGGCUGUUGAUUGUAAGAAGUAUAUUUUUACCCAUAAGAGACUUAAUUGAUACUAGCUGUGCUAGUCAUUCAUUAUUUACGUUAUAUCAAUAAGUUGGAGGUAUUUUGUUACUUUCGUAUGCUACACCGUCUUUAAAGGCGGCUAUUGUUCAUUCAAAUUAGGCAGAAAACUUAUUAAAAAUAUGUUUUAUGAUCAAAAUGUCUGCUGAAACAACAGAUCAGGAAAUUUUAUAAAGACAAGAACAAAUCGUGUAAAAUUAAACAUAUCACUCUGUGAACAAAUGCUCA